UUCGAGGCGAAACAACCUCUUAUCUGUCAAAGAUUCAUACGGCAGUACCCCGGACGAUCUGUUAGAGCAUCAAGACGUGGAUGACCCACCGGUCCAACCGCAUUGGUGCACUAAGUGGGUACAUCAUCUCGCUGGUACCAAGUUGACGACCGCUCGCGGAGACACGCUGUGGAGAAAGCGGAGAGAAUCGAUUCUUUCUCUCCACAAAUUUUUCAUAUUGAGGCCAACCGUUUCGAGUUGCUCCCCAGGAGAUAAAAAGGACCGUCCCAACACCUACUCUUUCCUUCCAUCCCCAUCUCUUCCUCUUUGGUUCAGUCAAGAUGCAACACAAUCCUGACCUCAAGGCGGAGCUUCGCGAGCCUUCGGACACGGACUCUAAAGUCAAUGGAAACAACUAUCUGGAAAAACUUGAGACCGGUGGCCUUGCGCCGUGGUCCACGCACAUUGCCGGCGAUGCAGCAAACCUCACUCCUGAGCACCGCGACUACCUUUUGAAACGCCAUGGAACAUUAGAGCUGGAUCCUAUGCCUGGCUUUGGCGACGCGGAUCCAUUGAACUGGCAGACGUGGAAGAAAACUGUCAACCUGUUGCUGGUCGCAUUCCAUGCGAUGAUGAGCACAUUCACUGCUGCCGCGAUCAUUCCCGCGUACUUCAACAUCCACGAAGACCUUGGUUGUAGCAUUCAAAGAGCUUCAUAUCUCACUAGUCUCCAGAUUGCCAUUUUGGGUGGCGCUCCACUAUUUUGGCGUCCUCUCUCGGUCAGAUAUGGACGUCGUCCGAUCUGGUUGAUCUCUACAAUCUGCAGUCUUGUCUGCAACAUUGGUUGUGCCUACAGUCAUAGCUAUGCUAGCAUGGCUGCAUGCAGAGCCUUGGUCGCUUUCUUCAUCAGUCCUGCUGGAGCCAUUGGUAGCGGUGUCGUUGGCGAGACCUUCUUUAAGAGAGAACGUGGAAAGUACAUGGGUAUCUGGACCUUGAUGGUCACUCUGGGUGUCCCGUUGGGCGGCUUCACCAUGGGCUUCGUCGCAAACAACGUUGGCUACCGCUGGAUCUACUACAUUCUGGCCAUGAUCAACGGUGCUCAAUUUAUUCUCUACAUCUUCUUCGGACCUGAAACCCGGUACCUGCGCCAAGGUGUUGAGCACCGUGGCUCUGAUCUCAAGCAAGAGUACUGGAGCUUCAGACGUAUUGACCCUACUCCUCUCAGAGCUUGGGACUUCAUUCAGCCAUUGACUAUGGGUCGCCAUGCGACAGUCAUGAUCCCUGCCGCGGCCUAUUCUAUGGUCUUCCUUCUUACCUCUAUCCUCGUCACCGUCGAGAUUCCUCAGCUGUUCCAAGAGAAGUUUGAGUUCAACGCUCAACAGAUUGGAUACCAAUUCGCCAGUAUCAUCAUCGGUGCCAUCAUCGGUGAACAGCUUGGAGGUGUCCUGUCCGACUCUUGGAUGAAGCGCGGAGCUCGUAAGAUGUCUGCUGGUCACCGUCCUCAACCUGAGUACCGUCUCUGGCUUAGUUAUGCUGGUUUCCUCCUCGGUAUCGUCGGCUACAUUGUCUUCCUCAUUCAGACUGAAGACAUCACCAAGUGGAACGUUACACCUCUCAUUGGCGCUGCCAUCGCUGCCGUUGGUAACCAGAUCGUCACCACUGUCCUCAUCACCUAUGCUGUCGAUUGUCACCAAGAAGAAGCUGCCAGUAUUGGUGUCUUCAUCACCUUCGUACGCCAGAUUUGGGGCUUCAUCGGUCCUUUCUGGUUCCCUCAGAUGUUCGAGAGCAUUGGACUCAAGGCCAGCGCUGGCGUUGGCACUGCAUUGAUGAUUGGUGUCAGUGUUGUUCCCACAAUCUACCUGCACUUCAGAGGUCGUUCGAGAAGGACCAGUGACGAGUAAUUUCGAUUUGCUCAAAUGUGUUCAACAUGAUUAAUAGAUACGACCGUGACGAAAUGUAUAAUAAGAGCGACUUCAACAAGGC